AUGUUCGGAGCGUCUUCUGCAGACCAAGAGAUGGGUGAAUUUCACAGCUGGAAUGACAGUUCCUCUUUAGUGUCUGGUGAUAAAUCUAAUGUUGCCAUCAAUCAUCAUCGAGAGCUGCACAGAAUUCUGGUGAGAACUUUAUGGCGGAAUAUUUAUCCAGGAAACAAACCAGAUGCACUUUCGAAAACGCCAGUGAAAGUCCAUUUAGAAUUCGUUCUACAGGAACAAGAUAUACAUACGCUGAGUAAAUACUGCGACUCAAAUAAUGAUUCUGCCAACCUUAUAUCACCGGAUUUAAUAAAUGAUAUUUUUUCAGGGAUUAUCCGCCCUGUUACACUUUCAGACGAACCAAAGUUGUUUCAUUGGUUAAAUGACAAACCUCUUUUCUGGAUUUCAAUGUUAGCCUCUUUUACGUUAGCUAUUUGGCUGUCUAUACUCAUAUACCACUCUCGGCACCGACUUUUAAUGUUAGUACUAAGUUUGUUAUUAGUCCUCAUAAUUUCCCAAUCAAUGUACAAGAAAUAUAAUACACGACUGGCCCAGAAGAUGUCUGUUUUGUCCCGGUAUAAUGGUCCACCUGUUGACUGUAAACCUCCUGAUCAACAACCGUGGUCACGAUUCUUUACUCAGUAUUUUACCUCUCGCCCGAAAACAGAUGAAUGUUUGCAGUACUACGAAGAAGUGCUUUCGGAGCCUUUUUUCACCACCAGUAUAUACGAAGUUUGCUUGGAACUGAUAUAUCAACCGAUUAUAUCAUUAUGCGGUAGUUUGGGUACUGCAUUCGGAGAGUUCUAUAAUAAUGUAUCAGCGUAUAUACCCUGGUGGCUUUCACCAAUUAUCUUGGGCUACUUCAUAUUUUUGGCAUUUUUGUUUGUUGUCCGUGCACCAAAAUCUCUUUCUAAUGAACAACCAUUACGCAGUCGACGGGCGAAACAUAAAAUCAAAUCGUCUACAGUGCCACCACUCACUUCUUCCUGA